ACCUGACGUGACGACGCGAUCCCUGCGUGCGCGCGCCAUCAGCCAUGGAGGGCGAGGCCUCGUGCGGCUCAAAGGGCAGUUGGGAGCUCGCGGACGGUUGCGGGUGGUGGCUUUUUUGAAUUGUCUGCGGUUUUUCCGGGUGACUUGCUGCGUCUGGGGCUAUGGUUGGACUGCGUUUCGCGUGUCAGGAUAGGAAACUGGGCCAGGGAGCUCAACAGUUUCUCGGUAGCGCUUGGGGAUUCGGUGCAUUUGCAUGAUCAAGUGGAUUUUCGCCUUGAGUUGUGUGGGGUGCGGAAUUUUGAUCCUGACACCUUGGGCGGGACUGACUGUUUCAGUGCCUUCUGAUUUUGGUUGGUGGAGUAAAUGCUGUGUCAACUCUGUGAAAUCUGGAGUUCUAAGAUUGGCUACUCCGGUUCUCAAAGUUGUUGCUCUUUCUUCCUUUCGUGAUUGGUGAGCUGUAACUUCGUUGGAAGCUCGUGCUUGCUGAUCGGCUGUGCAUCGUGGGAUUCGGGGCCCAAGGCUGGCACGCGGCUGCAAUCAGCUGAUGCUACCGCCAGAUAUGGGGUUUCUGGUGUACUAUGAUAGCUUUGGAUUGGUAGUUGAGCUGCGAGCUGCUGAAUAAUGUUUUCAGGGGGAAAACAAGUGCUGAACUCAACUUUAGGUUGGGGAAAGUUACAAAACAAUAUUGUGCGAUGUUACUUUACUAGGAUAACAGUGAAGCUGGGUGCGUACCAUGCAUUACUCUUUAGUGGCGCUCUAAAUUUGGUGUUGUUGACUAUCAAGACAAGCACCUAUUAAUCCAUGGAUCUACUGAUUUUGUAUACCUUUGAACUACUCCUGGCGGCGUGGCAGGCCGGAAUUGUCCUUAAUCUAAAAAAACUCCUGGCGUGGUCAUUAAUUCUCCAAAUUACACCAUUACUUAGGAACUGGAAGCUGAUAUAUUAGCGUUUAAUCUUCUAUUCUGUCCAAUUACAUACUGCAGCUUGCACAUUGUUACUUACACCCAUUUUUUCACAAUGUCAACUGGAUACCUACAUUUUUUUUUAUGUAAUUUUUUUUUUGAAGGUCACCGGGAGGGGAGAGAAUCCCCCACCUGAAUUUUCAUUUCAUCCGGCCCUGAAGUGGCCCAUCAGAAUGUUUCAAUACAUUUUACAACAAGUUCAUUUGGUGUUACAUUGCGGAAUUAAAAACAGAGCACCAUGACAAGCUAACACUAAGGUCGCCUGGCGGCAGGCGGUACCCCCAGGUUCUGGCUUCCUCUUUUGCAGCGUGUAGCACGGUGCCCAGGUGGUCAUUUUGCUGCUGGAAGAUGGCGUUGUUCCGUCGUUUCCAAAGUUGCCAACAGCACAACAGGAGGAAGGUGUGGAAGUGUUUACCAGGGAUAUGCGCCGGCGGGAGGAGUAGAUGAAGCUUCAUCGGCGUCAUAUCCGGGGGCAGGUCGAUGUUGGUAGCAGCCCAGAAGGAGGCCGCAAAGCUGCACCCAAACAUUGGAUUACUGAGAAGCUAUUUUAGCCAUGGAGUUCAGUAUUCACGUGAAAAAUUGGAUUAGAUGUAGAGGAUAUAAUUGAAGCUAUAGAAGAUGCCGGAUUCGAAGCAGAAAUUAUCCCUGAUUCUGCUGUGUCUCAGCCUAAAUCACAGAAGACUUUAUCAGCGCAGUUCAGGAUAGGAGGAAUGACAUGUGCUAAUUGUGUGAACUCGGUUGAGGGUAUCUUAAAAAAGCUACCUGGUGUUAAAGGAGCAGUUGUUGCCUUGGCAACCUCAUUGGGGGAAGUCGAGUAUGUUCCUUCUGCCAUUAGCAAGGAUGAAAUUGUUCAGGCCAUCGAGGAUGCUGGUUUUGAAGCAGCAUUUUUGCAGAGUAGCGAGCAAGAUAAGAUCUUGCUGGGACUGAUUGGCUUGCACACAGAGAGGGAUGUGGAAGUAUUACAUGAUAUUCUUAAGAAAAUGGAUGGUUCGCGACAGUUUGAUGUAAAUACUGUCCUCUCAGAAGUUGAAAUUGUAUUUGAUCCAGAAGCUGUUGGUCUGAGAUCAAUUGUGGAUACAAUUGAGAUGGGAAGCAACGGGAGGUUGAAAGCACAUGUUCAGAAUCCGUACACUCGAGGGGCUUCAAAUGAUGCACAGGAGGCCUCCAAAAUGCUAAAUCUUCUCCGCUCUAGCUUGUUCCUUAGUAUUCCUGUAUUUUUCAUUCGUAUGGUUUGCCCCAGUAUACCUUUCCUUAGUACAUUACUAAGCAUGCAUUGUGGACCGUUUCUUAUGGGGGAUUUGCUGAAGUGGAUAUUGGUAAGCAUUGUACAGUUUGUUGUUGGGAAACGGUUCUAUGUUGCGGCUUUUAGGGCCCUGAGGCAUGGCUCUACAAACAUGGAUGUGCUAGUGGUUCUUGGCACCACUGCGUCAUACGUAUACUCUGUUUGUGCACUACUUUACGGAGCAUUUACUGGAUAUCGACCUCCUGUAUAUUUUGAAACAAGUGCAAUGAUAAUUACAUUCGUGCUGUUUGGGAAGUAUCUUGAGGUGCUUGCAAAAGGGAAGACAUCGGAUGCUAUUAAGAAGCUUGUAGAACUGGUCCCUUCUACUGCUCUUUUGGUUCUGAAGGACAAAGAAGGAAAACAUGUUGGGGAGAGGGAGAUUGAUGCACUGUUAGUCCAACCUGGUGAUGUCUUAAAAGUGCUUCCUGGAUCAAAGGUUCCGGCUGAUGGUGUUGUCGUUUGGGGAACAAGUCAUGUGAAUGAAAGUAUGAUAACUGGUGAAUCAGCACCUGUCCCUAAAGAAGUAUCUAGUGUGGUAAUUGGGGGGACAAUAAACUUACAUGGCAUCCUUCAUAUACAAGCAACGAAAGUGGGAUCCGGGACAGUUUUGAGUCAGAUAAUCUCUCUGGUUGAAACUGCUCAGAUGUCCAAAGCACCUAUUCAGAAAUUUGCCGAUUAUGUGGCUAGCAUUUUUGUUCCAAUUGUCAUCACAUUGUCUAUAGUAACAUUUUCUGUGUGGUUCUUGUGUGGAUGGUUGGGUGCAUAUCCAAAUUCAUGGGUUUCUGAAAAUAGCAAUUGCUUUGUUUUCUCUCUCAUGUUUGCCAUAUCUGUUGUGGUGAUUGCUUGUCCUUGUGCCCUUGGUUUGGCAACACCAACUGCUGUGAUGGUGGCAACUGGAAUCGGGGCUAAUCAUGGAGUUCUUGUAAAAGGUGGAGAUGCGUUGGAGAGGGCUCAAAAUGUAAAUUAUGUGGUGUUUGAUAAAACAGGGACACUAACACAAGGAAAGGCUGUUGUAACAACUGCAAAGGUUUUCUCAGGAAUGGACCUAGGAGAUUUCCUCACUCUGGUUGCAUCCGCAGAGGCAAGCAGUGAGCAUCCUCUUGCCAAAGCUGUUUUGGACUAUGCAUUUCAUUUCCAUUUCUUUGGCAAGCUUCCUUCAUCAAAAGAUGGCAUUGAGCAACGAAAAGAUGAGGUAUUGUCUCAGUGGCUGCUUGAAGCUGAAGACUUCUCUGCCGUACCUGGCAAAGGAGUUCAAUGUUCAAUCAAUGGGAAACAUGUUUUGGUUGGAAACCGUACUUUGAUUACUGAAAAUGGCGUAACCAUUCCCCCAGAAGCCGAAAAUUUCUUGGUAGACCUGGAAUCGAAUGCAAAAACAGGCAUUCUUGUGGCAUUUGAUGGUGAUUUUGUCGGGUUGAUGGGUGUUACUGAUCCACUGAAAAGGGAGGCUGCUGUUGUAGUCGAAGGAUUAAAAAAGUUGGGUGUUCAUCCAGUGAUGCUCACAGGGGAUAACUGGAGAACCGCCCAAGCUGUUGCAAAAGAGGUUGGCAUCGAGGACGUGCGAGCAGAGGUCAUGCCAGCUGGAAAAGCCGACGUCGUUCGCUCCCUCCAAAAGGACGGGAGCAUCGUCGCCAUGGUCGGGGACGGCAUCAACGACUCCCCGGCCCUGGCGGCAGCCGACGUCGGGAUGGCCAUCGGCGGGGGCACGGACAUCGCCAUCGAGGCGGCGGACUACGUGCUGGUGCGGAACAACCUGGAGGACGUGAUCACCGCGAUCGACCUCUCCAGGAAGACGUUCAGCCGGAUCCGGUGGAACUACUUCUUCGCGAUGGCCUACAACGUGGUCGCCAUCCCGGUCGCCGCGGGCGCGCUGUUCCCGUUCACCGGGCUCCAGAUGCCGCCGUGGCUGGCCGGCGCCUGCAUGGCCUUCUCGUCCGUGAGCGUGGUGUGCUCGUCGCUGCUGCUGAGGAGGUACCGAAAACCCAGGCUGACCACCGUGUUGCAGAUAACUGUAGAGUGAUUGAUGUGAGUUGUGAAUACUACAGUAGCUUCCUUAACCGCCUUACGGAAAUGAAAUGGAAGUUGCGGCGGAAAUGGCGCCCUUUGUAGAUUUUAGAUUUUUGGUGGGUUCGCUGGUGGUUAUAGCCUUUGUCAAGUUUUGUUACCAUCCUGUUGGUAAUUCUGGGCUAUUAUUAGAGGUACCCCGGUAAAUUCUCAUUCGUAAUUGUAAAUCGGUUUUUGCCCAAAAGCAAUUGUAAAUCAGUUUGUCCCGUUUUGCUAUAAUACGGAAUUCCCGGAAA